AUCUCAUUGCUUAAUAUCCCUGAUCUUCGAAUCAAACACUACUGUCGUUGACUAACAAGGCCAUGCUUUUGUUCCUCGAAUAGAAAAACAACAUGGCAGACUCGAUCACAGGCACUGUCAGCCUGGAGCACCGAGAUCCGAACUUGGCCCGUCCCAAUAUGUCCAGUCUAAGGGUCGCCACAGGGGUUGAGGUAUCGGAGUCUGACAAACCCAUUGGCAGUGGCACCUCUUCAGUGAAGUAUAAAGAAUCCACCGUCGCGACGACUGAUGGAGCCAACGAUGGGGACGAUGACGAUGACGAUAGUCAAUCCGAUAUUUCCUAUCUCGAGGAUGUCCUCGAAGGAACAAUCGCCUACAAACACGAUGAACGUGAUCCCGAUGUAUGCACUGCCGAAGAAGCUCGCUACUAUCGUGAGCGCAUUCGCGAGGUCGAAGUCAGUGAAUUCGUGCGCGAGUCCAUUGAAUCCAAUGUGAUCAGUGCCAAAAAGCUUCUCACGGCUUUCCGGGUCAAGAUUGACUUUGGCCCGACUGAACCGGACACGGCCUACUACAAGGCUUUGGGCGUCGCCAUCGCUCAUGAGUUGGGCAAACGCCAGAGACUCUCUCAGUAUUCUACGAUUGGCGACGCAGCUUCCCUUCUCCAAAAAGCUUCCAACGUCAUGGUCAUUACUGGCGCAGGAAUCUCGACCAGCCUCGGAAUCCCGGACUUUCGUUCCAAGACGUCAGGAUUCUACUCCAAACUCCGCGCACGAGGAUUUGACCAACCUGAACAGGUUUUCGAUCUGUCGGAGUUUGAUUAUGACCCUUCCAUCUUCUAUUCUCUUGCGGGCGAGCUUCUACCGGACCUAACGCGCUAUUCGCCAACUCAUCAAUUCAUCCGUCUCCUCCAAGACAAAGGCAAGCUUCGGCGCAACUACACGCAGAACAUUGACAAUAUCGAAGCAAAUGCUGGAAUCGUGUCGGACAAGCUCAUCCAAUGCCAUGGCUCCUGGGCAACUGCUACGUGCCGAAAGUGCGGCAAUCGAGUCCCAGGCCGUGACAUUUUCCCUUACAUUAUGGCCAAGAAAGUUGCGCAAUGCCAGAAGUGCAGGGCGGCGCUCGAUGUUCAGCCUCAGAUGAAGCGGAAGAGAAGCGGAAACCUUGCCUUCAAGAAGUCGAAGAGGCGAUGGGGGAGUGGAGAAGAUGAUGACAGCGAUGAUGAAGGGCAAUACGAUAUCCCCGAGCCUGGAGUCAUGAAGCCGGACAUUACAUUCUUCGGCGAACAAUUGCCGAAGCAGUUCUUCGAUGUCAUCAAGUAUCAGGACUACAACGUCGUGGAUCUUGUCAUCGUCAUAGGGACGAGCAUGAAGGUCAAGCCCGUGUCGGAGAUUCCAAAUUUCCUUCCGAAGGGUGUGCCGCAUAUCUACAUUUCUCGUGAUCCCUGCCACCACAUAAACUUCGACAUUUCUCUCCUAGGAGACUGCGACCUCGUUGUCGCCGAACUCUGUCGCCGUGCUGGGUGGGAACUGAAACAUGACAUGGUCCCCAAGGGUCAGACCGUGUCCGCUACGCCCUAUCGAGAAUGGGAGCCCGAAUGUACGUGGUCUAUCACGCCACAGAAAGACGAGACUGCCUGAGCAUCGAGUAUCGUUGAGCAUUUGUUAGAGGAGCAUCGUUAGGGCGUUUUGUGAAGUAGCAUAUCAAGUUUUCCGGAUUUGUUCAGAUAGAUUUCCUGUUCAGCAUCACUAUUUGGUGGUGGGAGUCCUACAGCGGUGUUUUAUGUUCUGUGGGAGUCCGACUGAUUUCGAGUUGCACCAGACGUUGAUACUAUUGUUCAUAGCGUAUGGUACCGAUGGAAUAGAAGCCACUGGUUUAUCCCCUGG